GGCGUUCCUGCGUUGCAUUGUUGCACUGUUGUCACUUUUUGUUGUGUUAUUAUAGUUUGAAGUCAUUUUUUAAACUAUUUCCAGGAAGGAAUGUGUUUUUAGUCACCCGACGAACGUUUUGAGUGGCUUCGGAUGCUUCAAAGAGACUCGGAAUCGUCGAUAUUCGCCUGUAGGAGAGGCUGAAAUAAUGUAAGAGAGUGACCCUGAAACGUCGUGUCAACGUCACGUAGACUGUCGGCGGCGCGGAAUUUGAAAUGAUGGAAAGCGACAGCGGACGGGAGCUUUUGGAAAACGUCGUGAUUAACGGCGAAACCGACGCUCCUCAGUACAUAAGACUAUCAGAAACGUCUCAGAUUAUAAGCACAGAAUUAUUGCAGCAGCCGAACGGCUUAGUUGUAGAUUUAGCUGGCAAUGAUUUUAUUCCUGUAACUUACACUUCCGACGAUCUUUUAUCACAGGAAUUGACAGAGGAAGAUCGGAAUUUGGCAGCUGCGUUGGUCGCCGUUCAGUUAAGUCAACAGCAAAAACAGCAGCAGUUGCAUGAUGCAUCACUACCUAUCGUUGCUGGGAGUAAAAUUUUGGAGGAGUCUCAGUUGAUAUUGAGCCAAGACAAGAAUUCGGGAGCUUCGAGCUAUUUGAGAAUCGUUAAUUCCGAUAACCUGUAUGUGGAGCAGCAAGGCUUACAUAAGCUUGUGGACAAUGUAAGACUGGCAGGUACCUCUGCAGUUCAAAACGAUUAUGUCGAAGAACUGCCAAAAGUUAUUAUCACGAAAACAGAGGAAGAACGCGGAGGGGAUUCGGAUAGAGAGUCUGUCAGAAACGAGCACCGCACUUUGAAAAAAAGUUUGCCACACAAAAAGCGAAUAUCGAGGAAACUGAGGAAGAACAGCACCUUGAGCGUUAAGAAGUUUGUGUGCAAUUCGUGUGAUCAGACGUUUUCCAAUGACGACGAGUGCGCUGAGCAUGAAGCCGCGUGUCAAACUGCGCGGGCUUCAUCGGUCGCCUCGCCGUUCUCCUGCCAGCUAUGCAACACAUCCUUCCAGGAUCAGCUGAAGUUUUUUGAGCAUUUGAAGAAGCACUAUGAGCCUGGUGGUGGGGGCUUGGCGUCGGGGGAGCCGGAGGCACCGAAAAAGUUGGCCACGCCCCCCAAAGCUGAAAAAAAGUCCGCGCCAGAAGAAAAUCAGCCGCAGGAGACGCUACUGUCAAGUUUGCUGAGCCUGACGUGCAUCGAGUGCAAUAAAACCUUUCGGCGACAGAAGACGUUCGAGGCCCACAUGCGGGACGUGCACACGAACAAGAACGAGCCCCUCGACGAGUUCAGCGAGCCGGAAGACAUGAUGGCGGAUAUCAACGUGGUGGUGGACAACGAUCUCGAUGAUGACAACGACGAGGAGGACGACUCCAAGGCGUGGUACCGCGAAGAAGACCUCCAUCAGACCGAGGAGGACCUCAAAGAGUUGGAAGACAAGAACGAGCACGUUUGCCACAUCUGCAAGCAGCCUUUCGCGCUGAGGGCGAUUCUGCUCCAGCAUCUGGUUACGUGCCGCGUAGUAUCGGGCAAUAUGGAACCCACACCCGCCGUGAUCGUCCGCAAGAAAAACAAACGGGUCAAAGAAAAGCUGAACUGUUCGGAGUGCGACCGCGUAUUUAAGCAUAGGAACUCGCUCGUCUACCACAUGCGCAGCCAUACCGGCAUCAGACCUCACCAGUGUGAACUGUGCGGCAAGAGUUUCUUCGCAUCAAGCGCCCUCAAAGUUCAUCUGCGGCUCCAUUCCGGCGACAAGCCGUACGACUGCGAGCAUUGCGGCCGCAAAUUCCGGCAAUGGGGCGACCUCAAGUACCACAAGACGUCGAUACACUCGACCGAGAAGCAGUACCAAUGCGAGUACUGCGGCAAAGAGUUUGCGCGCAAGUACUCGCUGGUCGUCCAUCGACGAAUACACACGGGUGAAAGAAACUACAAGUGUGAAUAUUGCGGCAAGAGUUUUCGCGCCUCAUCCUAUUUGCAAAACCACAGAAAAAUCCACACAGGCGAGAAACCACACAAUUGUUCGCUUUGCGGGAAACCCUUUAGGGUGAGAUCGGACAUGAAACGCCACGAGAAAACGCACGGGAAAGCGGUGGGCCAGAAGACGUCUGGCAAUGCCGCAACCAAAGUUUUUAAGGUACACAAAAGCGAAGUUGAGGAAAACGAUGAGUCGAACGAGUUGCACAUUGGCGAGGAGGAAGAGGCGGCAGAACAUAUUCUGGAGGAAUAUGCCCAGCCAGACUCCUUGGAAAACAUAAACGCCAUGGGAAUAUCCAAAAGGAAUCUGUACACCAAUGGCCAUGAACUAUUUUUGGUCACUUACCCAAAUGAAAUAGCACCCAGGACAACAGUAGAAACCACAGCCAACUGGAUUCACACAACGAACACUUAAAUAGUGUACGUUUUUCUUUUUUAAACAAUAAGACACUCUGUAUAAAUCGCAGUUUUUCUAACAAUCAGGUUUUUAGAUACCUAUGUGUUCCAUUUCAUUAGGUAAGAGUGUUUUGUCACGAAUGUAUUUUUCUUUUUUUUUUUCGUAGAAGGCAAUUUAUUUAUAAAUAAACAA